AUGAGGAAGAGCACCAUCCUAUCAUCAUCGGCGGCCAACGCGACCACCGUUUCAACGCGCGCAUCAGAUCCUGCUUCUCACUUCAAAGGCAAAGAUAUCACUGACGACGCUGCUGCAAGGGACUCGGACGAUGCCGGCGAUGAAGCUAAGGCAUUCUCAGGAGAUAAUGAGGACAAGUAUCGCCUCACUUCUGCACCAGCUCCUCCAGCAAGAAAGAUUUCUGAACGCAAGAGGAUCGACGCGGCAACUUUUGAGACGUGGCUGCAGAAGGAAGAAAAUUCCAAAACCGUGAAGAAGCAGCGCAUGGAAGUUCGGGAACGAGCUGGAAGAGGACCAAAGGUGGACAAGGUGGCCUUGGUGGAUCAACAGUGGUCCGCUCUGGUUGCCAAUCUCCCUUACCCUGUAGCCCGCUUGUUUGGCAGGGAGCUCGAGGGCAAAUGGACCGCUCAGUUCUGGAGAAAGACUUUUGAGGAGAAUAAAAUCAAUCUGCUUAUCAUAGACGAGGCCCACCACGCAAAGAAGAACCACCCUUAUGCCCGUAUCGUCAUAGAUUAUUAUCUCAGGGAAAAGGAUUUGCAAGAUAGGCCUCGCAUACUCGGAAUGACGGCCUCCCCUGUGGAUGGAAAGGCUGACAUCCUUGCCUCGGCCAAGCACCUAGAGUCCCUUCUUCAGAGCAAGAUUGCCACAGUAUCUUCAGGUAGGCUGGGGGACGAGAUGGGCAUCAAAGUCCACGAGGAAGUCGUUCAAGAGUAUAAGAAACUGGAGAAACGCUACGAUACCAGACUCUCUCAAAGCCUGAAACCCCUAAUCAAAUGGAACCCCAUGUUCCAGAAGCACGCCGCCUUUUCGACUCUGUGCACCUACGAUCUCGGUCCCUGGUGUACAGAUCGGUUUUGGAAGCGGUGUUUUGGAGACGGCGAGAUGGGCCAACUCUUGGCUAAGGCGGAGGCGGUGGCCCAACAAACGUAUGGCCAGAUCCCAUUCCUUCCGGAGGGCAAGGAUGCGGUCGGGGUCAUUCACGAACUCCGCGAGAUCGUCCGGGAUUCACCCCUGCCGCCUCUGAAGAAGACUGCGCUGGAUCUCUCGUACAAAGUCCUUCGGCUUCUCACAACUUUGGAGGACUACUUCGCGAAGCCUAGCGACCACAAAUGCAUCAUUUUUACGGAGAGGCGACGUACGGCGGUGAUGCUCGCGGAUGUAUGCGAGCAGCUGAGAGAUCUCUUCCCGGCCCUACAGGUGGGAUUUCUAGUAGGGGCCGGCGCCGACCUGAACCUAGCAGGUAUGACGUACCAUGAGGCCGUGUGCACGAUUCACAAAUUCAAGACCGGCGAGAUCAACUGCCUAUUUGCAAGUUCUAUUGCGGAGGAGGGCAUUGACAUCCCUGACUGCGACAUAAUAAUCCGCUUUGACUUGUGCAACUCCAUGAUUCAGUACAUACAAUCAAGGGGUCGGGCCCGACAUCAAGAGUCCAAGUUUAUCAACAUGGUAGAGGAGUCCAACCACGCUCAUUUGGUCAAGCUCAAGCAAAUCUCGCGCGAUACCCGCAUCCUUCGCGACUUUUGCUCCAAGCUUCCAGAAAGCCGCCGCCUAGACAUGGGGCCGGAUCGUACGGCCAAUUGGAAAAGCGACUCGGGGUUCGAGUCGUUUACGGUGGAGGAGACGGGGGCCACCCUGACGUUUACGCAGAGUCUUGUGGUCCUGGAUUCAUUCGCCGCCAGCUUCCAGGAGCCCGGCGGUCCUAUUAUCACUCCUCAGUACGCGGUGAUGAAGAAUGGAAAUGUCUGGGUUGCCCAGGUAAAUCUACCUGAGAAUUUGCCCAUCCAGUACAAGAGGGGACGCGAGCAGAAUAGCAAGCAGGCGGCCAAGUGCUCGGCGGCGUUUGAGAUGUGUCUUGACCUGAUCAAGAGGCAGUUCAUCGAUGGCCACCUGCAGCCGUACAUGAAAAAGAGGCUUCCUGCGAUGAGGAACGCUCGCCUGGCCGUGAGCGCGAAUAAGACGGCCCAGUACAACAUGCGACUCAAACCUAGCCUAUGGGAUAAGCUGGGCCGACCGAAGAGGCUCUACGGAGUCGCUUUGACGUUGGAGACGCCGGCAGCUGUCGGUCGGGGGAGCUGUCCCCUGAUUCUCCUCUCACGGUGGAAGCUCCCUGACUUGCCAGAUGUUCCCCUGUUCUUCGGAGCCGGAAAGAAGUCGGUGGCGCAGAUGAUUCCGCUCAAGGGAUCCUAUGGGCUUUCUAAGCCUCAUUCCGACAGGGACCUAGAGGAGUUAGUUAACUUUACUCUCAGAAUCUUCAAGGACGUGUUCAACAAGGCGUUUGAUGCGACGGCGAAGGAAAUGCCGUAUCUUCUUGCGCCGAGCCGCUUCUCACACGCAUCGGUCUACUACCUCGAGCCGCAUAUUCGCGACACCAUCAACUGGGGGUGA